UGACAUCCAAGGGGGAGGGGGGCUCCGGUUCCGCCGGGGGGAGCCCAGGGACGCCUUCGCCCUCGGCUGCCAUCUAUCGGCCACGGAGAGCCGGCUUCGCCCCGGGCCCAUCAUGUCUGCUGCAGCUUGGCUCGCACCAGUGGCGCGACAAUAAACAAGUGCACCGGACGAGGUCCUGCGCCCGUGCUGAAGCGGAUGUCUUAGAGACCCCAGCGAUGCUUACUACGAUGUCACCUCCUCACCGCCCCCGAAAGAAGACGCGACUUUCUCUGAGUGUUUUAGACCCGCGGGGCUGGGGCUGUCGGGACACGUCACAGGCUUAAAACAACGCUGUUCCUGCACCCCGGGCCCCCCAAGGAUAUCGGAGAUAGAAAAUCCCAAAUAAUGACGAUCGUGCGCCGCAUGUGGGGAAGGAAAUAGAGGAAAAGCCCCUGCAAACACCGGGAGCGAUGAUACAGCCAAGAGGAUGUGGGAAUCUUACAAAUACUAAUUAGGGGCCGCCGCCGCGGCGGCGGCGGGCUCGGCGCGGGGACAGCGGCGACAAGAUCCCAGCGCGGUGGUCGCCGCUGCGCAGGGGGCGGAGGACAGCGCAGGAACCUCAGCCGCCGCCGGAGCAGCCGAGGGGCCGGUGCCACCUUCGCUCGCCCCCUCACUACCAUGUACAGUGUGCGCUGCAAGAAGAAGGCGGGCGAUGUAUGCACACCCCUGCGCCCCUCUCCCUCUGGCUCGUCCUCGGGCGUGCGCCACUGACCAGGGGGAAUGUGGUGAAGACAGCGAGGAGAGCCGAGGGGGGAGGGGAGGGCCGGCCGGCGCGAACCCAGGCCGGAGGGUGCGAGGAGCCAGAGGCGGCUGGAGGGGGCGGCGGCCGCUGCCGGCUUGGAGAAAGUUGGCCCCUCUGCAGAUGGCAACUGAGAUAAAAUGCACACUUGCUGCCCCCCAGUAACUUUGGAACAGGACCUUCACAGAAAAAUGCAGAGCUGGAUGCUGCAGACUCUAGCGUUUGCUCUAACAUCUCUCGUCCUUUCGUGUGCAGAAACCAUCGAUUAUUAUGGGGAAAUCUGUGACAAUGCAUGUCCUUGUGAGGAAAAGGAUGGCAUUCUAACUGUGAGCUGUGAAAACCGGGGGAUCAUCAGCCUUUCUGAAAUUAGCCCUCCCCGUUUCCCAAUCUACCACCUCUUGUUGUCUGGAAACCUUUUAAACCGUCUCUACCCCAAUGAGUUUGUCAAUUACACUGGGGCUUCAAUUUUGCAUCUGGGUAGCAAUGUUAUCCAGGACAUUGAGACCGGGGCUUUCCAUGGCCUUCGGGGUUUAAGGAGAUUGCAUCUAAACAAUAAUAAACUGGAACUUCUGCGUGAUGAUACCUUCCUUGGCUUGGAGAGUCUGGAAUACCUACAGGUCGAUUACAAUUACAUCAGUGUCAUUGAACCCAAUGCUUUUGGGAAACUGCAUUUGUUGCAGGUGCUUAUCCUCAAUGACAAUCUCUUGUCCAGUUUACCCAACAACCUUUUCCGUUUUGUGCCCUUAACGCACUUGGACCUGAGGGGGAACCGGCUGAAACUUCUGCCCUAUAUGGGGCUGCUGCAGCAUAUGGAUAAAGUUGUGGAGUUACAGCUGGAGGAAAACCCCUGGAAUUGCUCCUGUGAGCUGAUCUCUCUGAAGGAUUGGUUAGAUAGCAUCUCCUACUCAGCCCUGGUGGGGGAUGUGGUUUGUGAGACCCCCUUUCGCUUACAUGGCCGGGACUUGGACGAAGUGUCCAAGCAGGAACUUUGCCCAAGGAAACUUAUUUCAGACUAUGAGAUGAGGCCACAGACGCCUUUGAGCACCACGGGGUAUUUACAUACCACCCCAGCCUCCGUGAAUUCCGUGGCCACUUCUUCCUCUGCUGUUUACAAACCCCCCUUGAAGCCCCCCAAGGGGACCCGCCAACCCAACAAGCCCAGGGUGCGCCCCACCUCUCGGCAACCCUCCAAGGACCUGGGCUACAGCAACUAUGGCCCCAGCAUCGCCUACCAGACCAAAUCUCCUGUGCCUUUGGAGUGUCCCACCGCGUGCACUUGCAACCUGCAAAUCUCCGAUCUGGGCCUCAACGUCAACUGCCAGGAGCGCAAGAUUGAGAGCAUCGCAGAGUUGCAGCCCAAGCCCUACAACCCCAAGAAAAUGUAUCUGACAGAGAACUACAUUGCCCUGGUGCGCAGGAGCGACUUCCUGGAGGCCACUGGGCUGGACCUCCUACACCUGGGCAACAACCGCAUCUCCAUGAUCCAGGACCGCGCCUUUGGGGACCUCACCAACCUGAGGCGCCUCUACCUAAAUGGCAACAGGAUCGAAAGGCUGAGCCCGGAGUUGUUCUAUGGCCUGCAGAGCCUGCAGUACCUUUUCCUUCAGUACAAUCUCAUACGCGAAAUUCAGCCUGGGACUUUCGAUCCUGUCCCAAACCUCCAGCUGCUAUUCCUGAAUAACAACCUCCUGCAGACCAUGCCCUCAGGCGUCUUCUCAGGCCUGACCCUCCUCAGGCUGAACCUGAGGAGUAACCACUUCACCUCCCUGCCGGUGAGUGGAGUUCUGGACCAGCUGAAGUCACUCAUCCAAAUCGACCUGCACGACAACCCCUGGGAUUGUACCUGCGACGUCGUGGGCAUGAAGCUGUGGGUGGAGCAGCUCAAAGUGGGUGUCUUGGUGGACGAGGUCAUCUGCAAGGCGCCCAAGAAGUUUGCUGAGACGGAUAUGCGCUCCAUUAAGUCAGAGCUGCUCUGCCCAGAUUACUCCGACGUGGUGGUUUCCACACCGACGCCCUCCUCCAUCCAGGUCCCGGUGAGGACCAGCGCGGUGACCCCCGCCGUGCGGUUGAACAGCACAGGGGCACCAGCGGGCUUGGGAGCGGGUGGAGGCGCGUCAUCGGUGCCCUUGUCCGUGUUGAUCCUCAGCCUGCUGCUGGUGUUCAUUAUGUCGGUUUUUGUGGCUGCCGGGCUCUUCGUGCUAGUCAUGAAGCGCAGAAAGAAGAACCAGAGCGACCACACCAGCACCAACAAUUCCGACGUGAGCUCCUUCAACAUGCAGUACAGUGUGUAUGGCGGCGGCGGCGGCGGCGGCGCGGGAGGCCACCCGCACGCGCACGUGCACCACCGCGGGCCUGCGCUGCCCAAGGUGAAGACGCCCGCCGGCCACGUGUACGAGUACAUCCCCCAUCCACUGGGCCACAUGUGCAAAAACCCCAUCUACCGCUCCAGAGAGGGCAACUCUGUGGAGGAUUACAAAGACCUGCACGAGCUCAAGGUCACCUACAGCAGCAACCACCACCUGCAGCAGCAGCCGCCGCCGCCGCCGCCGCCGCAGCCGCAGCAGCAGCCCCAGCAGCAGCCCCCACCGCAGCUGCAGCUGCAGCCGGGGGAGGAGGAGAGGCGGGAAAGCCACCACUUGCGGAGCCCCGCCUAUAGCGUCAGCACCAUCGAGCCCCGGGAGGAUCUACUGUCGCCGGUGCAGGACACCGACCGCUUUUACAGGGGCAUUUUAGAACCAGAUAAACACUGCUCCACCACCCCCGCCGGCAAUAGCCUCCCGGAAUACCCCAAAUUCCCGUGCAGCCCCGCUGCUUACACUUUCUCCCCUAACUAUGACCUGAGACGCCCCCAUCAGUAUUUGCACCCGGGGGCAGGGGACAGCAGGCUGCGGGAACCGGUGCUCUACAGCCCCCCCAGUGCUGUCUUUGUAGAACCCAACCGGAACGAAUAUCUGGAGUUAAAAGCAAAACUAAACGUUGAGCCGGACUACCUCGAAGUGCUGGAAAAACAGACCACAUUUAGCCAGUUCUAAAGGCAAAGAAACUCCCUGGGAGCUUUUGCAUUUAAAACAAACAAGCAAGCAGACACACACCGUGAACACAUUUGAUUAAUUGUGUUGUUUCAACGUUAAGGGUGAAGUGCCUUGGCACGAGAUUCUCAGCUUAGGCGGAAGAUACUGAAAGGGUGUGCAAUUUCCUUUUCAUAUUACACGUGGGGAAACAUUUGUGUAAACUGGGCACACCACUUUCUCUUCUUGCGUGUGGGGGAGGCGAGAAGGGCUUUAUGGAAGGCAAUUUGCUGUGCAGGUGACUUGUUAAAGGUCGCAGUCAUUUUUGUAGUGGUUGGAAGUGCUAAGAGUGGUGAAAGGUGGCAGCGCAUAGAUUCUACUCUUCCUCUUUUGCUCCCUUCUCAUCCCUUUCUCCCCCUUUGAGCCACGGGUGGGUCUAAAUGGUUUUUGUGGAGAGAUUAGCACACCCCAAGUUUGUUUUUUCUCUCUCUCUCUCCUUCUCCCCCGCCCCAUCAUCUUCUCCCUCUCCCUCCUCUGCUUCCUCUCUAUCUCAGCCUCCCUCCUCUCUCAUUCCUUUCCUUUCUUUUUAAAGGAUGUGUUUGUAUGCAUUCUGGACAUUUGAAUUUAAAAAACAAAAGUGUUGUGAUCUUGAAAAAGAUCACCAUAGAUGUGGACAAAUCAUUAAAAUUACAGAGCUAUAUGAUCCAUAAUUGAUUAGUCAAAAUAACUUAUUGAUGAAAUAUACAAAUAUUUUAUUGUAGCACCUAUUUUUAUAUGCACAUUUAGCAUUUCUCUUUCCUUCACUAUUUAGCCUAUGAUUUUCACAGAGGUGUCACACUAUAUCAGAAGCUGCAUUUCCAAAACUCAAAUGAUAUCAGGAAGGCAUUUAACAACAUUACAAAUACAGAGAACUUAAUGGCAAAAUCUUAAAAGUCAAUGCAACCCACCCAAUUGGAUCUAUGUGGUUUUUUGGGGGAAAAAAAAGCAAACCUGAUUGUAUCCCAAUGUAUAAAAGAAAAAUAUUUAGGGCAAUUAAUUGGGCCAUUUGAGUGAGAAUCAUGUGCAAGUUUCUGGUUUUAUUAGAGAAGACUUAAAAGUAUUUUUAUUAGUCAACCAAAAUGAUGUGUUGAUUUGACUACUAUUGUAGCCGAUUUUUGAUUGUUUAACCAAACCCAGUUGCAUUUGUACAGAUCCACGUGUACUGGCACCUCAGAAGACCAAAUGAUGGACUGUACAAAUCUCUAUAUAAUGUCUUUAUCCCCUUGGGCAGCAAGCAAUGAUGAUAACUACGAACAGGAUCUCUGUAAGAUGGGGCUACUGUUGUUACAGUCUCAUAUGUAUCCCAGCACAUGUAAUUUUUUAAAUAGUUUCUGAAUAAACACUUGAUAACUAUGUCAAAUA